UUAGUAACUCCUCCUCUUUCUCCGGAACUACCCAUAGCAACGGAAUCUCGAAACAGUUCCGAGCAGCUGACGACCUGAAGAAGCCAUGGGCGCCGGUGGUGGACCAAUCACAGUCCGCUAAUACUGGGACCUCAGAGGUCGGCAGGGUUCGGCCGGGGUUGGAGGUCAAAGGGCAGCCCUGUCAUUGCGACCUCCCUGACCUCCCUCUCACCAAUGGGUUUGUCAAGCGGAAUCACCAGGGGACCAUGUCUGCAGGUCUUGUACCAGCUGGCCUGGGCUCCCCAGCCAGGAGCAGGGGUUUGCAGACUUCUCUGCGUUCGCCGAGCCAGAGAUGGAGCUGGAACCCUGGUGCUGCGGCUUCACUCACACUCACAGUACGGAGCACAGGAAGGACGGCAGGAUGGAGGAGACAAACCUAACCAACGGUUUCUGCAAUGCACACUCGGUCCAGAAGGACAUGGAGCAGCGGGCCAGAAUAGAGCCUGGCGGGCCUGACUCUCAAUGUUUAGCACAGCAAGAGGACAGGGACUGCACUGGAGUCCAGCAACACUGUGAGCUAAGGGGCCACCCUCAGGACUCUGGCCUCUUAGCCCCCAUAGAGGUGCUCUGUGCUAGGGGUGAGGGGCUGGGGGAGCCUGGAGAGAGGGCACCCAGCAUCAACAGGGAUAGCAUGCUUACACAGGACCCAGAACUGGGAGGGAGGAGGGUGGAGGAGGAGGAAGAUAAGGAGAGCGAAACAGAGGACAGUGUCUCUCCUCUCCCCACCACAGUCAGUGGGUCAGUGAGUGAGGAGUUUGCCUCCUCUGGUGAGGCUGUGUCGUCAGACGCUUUGGAGGAGUUUGGGAACUUUGGCGAGACGGUCUUCACUCCCUCGUCAAUAGGGGAGGAGGAGAAGGAGAAAGAGGAGGCGCAGCGGAGUGACCUCAGGGAGGAGACCGAGACAAAGAUGGUGGAGGAGGAAGAUGAAGAAGAGGACUUUGGAAUCUUCAGGGAUGCUGGAUCCUUCCCUAGCCAGGAGGACUUUGCUGACUUCAACCAAUCGGAGUCCAGGACACCGGAGGGCUUUGGUGACUUUGAACAGGACUAUUCUGAGGACCCAGGUCCGACCCAGGCAUGUGGGGAGGAGGUUGGACAUGGAGACCUUCCCCUCAGCGACAGCUUUGCAGACUUCCACUCUGCUCCCCUGGAGGGGCAGGGUGAGAGGGAGGAGGGCUGGGGGGCGUAUGGGGACCAGAGAGGUCUGUCGGAGGGGGAGACCUGGGCAGAGUUUGGAGAGGAGGAUAGAGCCAGGCGGACAGAAGAGGCAGAGGAGAAGAAGUGGGGAGAGAGAUGUCAGGGAGGUGCUGCUGUACGAAGGGACAGUCUGCAGGACUCCCUGUCUAUCCGGCUACAGAGAGUCCUACAGACCAGCUUCCCUGCAGUGGCAGUCCCAGAACUGGAUCAGGAGAGGGAGGAGACUGCCACUCUAGACACACAGCCUGAGAAAGAGGAGACGAAGGGGCUCAACCACACUACACACUGGGUUCCUAGGGGCGCGUGGCGGCAGCCUCAGGACCUCCACGAUGCCGUGGGCCUGGGAUUCCAGUGGGGCGGUUCCCAUAGCAACAGGGCCCUGCUCCGCUGUCUGGGGAUGGACACCAGAAACAUGUUGUUCACUGGUCAGAGAAAGCAGCCUGUCAUAGUUCCUGUGUUUGCAGCCAGCCUGGGAAUGUUAGAGCCCACCAAAGAGCCACUGAGACCAGCUUCAACUGCGGAGAAGACUGCUGCCACAGCACAAGCACUUCCUGGGUCACAGGAAACCACCACCACCUCGUCAAUACAGCAGGGGGCCCCCCAGCCUUGGUCCCAGUUUGACUGGAGCAGCAGUGGCCUUGGCAUCAACCGCCAGGAUGCAUACUAG